AUGUCUGGGUCUACAACAGCCUCGAUACGUAACAAGAAGCGUGUAGCUAUUGAGUAUGACAUUGAGAAGGCGAGGUCUGAGAAGGACUUCAACUCUCUCCUGUCACUGCUCAAGAAGUAUGCCAAGAUUACUUCAACACCAAAUGAUGUAUUAGAGUAUUUAGUUAAUGCAGAGAGAUAUAUUGCUGAUAAUAACUACUUGGAUGCACAGUUAAUGUUGGAUAAAGCACUCACUAUCAAACCAGAUGAUCAAGAGGUGAUUGCAUACUUGGGCGUGGUGGACUAUCAGAGAAAUGAUUAUAAGAAGGCGUUGGAGGACAUGGCUCGUCUGGCCAACCCCUACAACAACCCAAACAACGACAUGAUACUCAACUUUAGAAAGGUGAGCAUCAUCGUCCAGGCAUUCAGCAUCAAGGGCAAGUGUCAAGAGUCGCUCGGCAAGAGCAACAUGGCCUUGGCCUCCUACCAAGGUGUGAUCGAUGUGGCCCUACGUUACUUCAAGUCAUUCCGUGCCAUCGAUGUCGUUACCAGGCCACUUGUAGUCGAGGCCUUUAUCCGAAUGGCCAACAUCAAUCGUUACUAUGGCAACACUACAGAGAGCGUAAAGACAUUGAGGAACUGCCUGUCGUCUCAGGUCAUCUUGCCAGCGACACAGUAUAAGAGUGCACUGACACAGUUGGCCCACGCACUGUUGCGAAACACUUGCAAUCAGUCUUAUGUUCCACUGCUCGACAACACUGAACAGCAACAACAGUCUCGUGUUGUGCCUGGACAUCUCUAUCAUCCAGGUGAUCAGGUUGAAGAGGCCUUGCUCUGUCUCCAUAACGUCGAGCAUGUCCAAUUCACUCAGCUACAGCAGAACCCCGCGACGCCCAUCACCGAGCAUGACAUGGAGAUAUACGACGACCUGUGUCAAGGAUACUGUCGCAAGGGACAGUACUAUCAGAUUGUUGAGAACUAUGAACGAUCACUAUCAACAAAGUUUGGAGAGGUACAUAGAUGGUCGCAGUUGGCACUGUCAUUGUAUUGUGCUGGCAAGUACAAGAGAUCAUUGUUCAUCAUUGAGGAGUGCUUGGCCUUGGUUCCAAACAAGAUUGAGUUGAACCUCUUGGGCGCCAAGAUAUGCAUCAACCAAUUGAACCAGUUCUCCAAAGGUUUAUCAUUGGCUCAACAAGUGACAAAGAUGGACAUGGACUCAAUCAAUCCAACUCAAUUGGCAACUGCCUACUUGUUGAUUGGUGUGGCCUAUGAGAAGAAGGCAUUGGAGUGCAAGUCAUCGCAUGAGAAGCAGGCCAAUCAGGACUUGGCCAGAGAGAACUUGAAGCGUGCACAUCAAUUGGAUCCAUCAGAUUACCGCAUCUCUUAUCAUCUGGCACUGAUAUAUGCAUACAUUCGUGAGGUCAAACUCGGCCUAAAGUACAUUCAGGAGUCUCUGUCGAUCAACCCGGACGAGCCUGCCAGCUGGAACCUUUUGGCACUGCUUCUGUCCUCCAAUAAGGCCUACGAGCUGGCGUACAGAGCGUGCAAGCACGCACUGACACUGUCGCCCACCAACGUAGAGCUGCUGCUGACCAAGGCAAAGCUGGAGAUCGCACUGGACGAUGGCGCACAAGCCCUCAUCACUUACAAGUCGGCCAUGUCACAUCUGUCCAAUCACACACUGACAUCGGUGGAGGACUGGGACGAGACCGACUCGGUGCCCAGGAACAGAACAUCGGGCGGCCCAUCAUCAAUCGUCUCGUUUGACAUCCGCUCGGGUGCCACCGACCAGAAGUCCCACCGUGGCAGCGAGGUACUCUCGUCCGAGGGCCAGGAUGAUGCCACAUCACCGGGCGCCAAGGAGAUGCUACGCGUGCGCGCCACCUCUCACACCACGGCCGAUCGCGAGACUAGCCGUCGCGUCCAGCUGUGGCUGGCCAUUGGUGAGGCAUUCACACAACAGAGAAUGUUUGAGGAUGCCGCCGCCUGUCUGAGCCAGGCCGACUCAAUCUGUCGCGACAACCCCGACGUGUACUACCAACAGGGCUUCAUGCUGGAGAUCCAGGAUCUCCGCCAGGACGCUCUGGCCAACUAUCAGAAGGCCCUGACCAUCGAUCCAUCACACACCAACAGUGCCAUCAGGACUGCCGUCAACCACUUUGUCGCAGGUGGCGACCUGCUCCUCGCCGAGAACAACCUGACGACUAUCCUACGCUCGUACGAUCCAACGUCGCACUAUGCCUGGUUCCAACUUGGCAUCGUGCUGAAGGCCAAAGGUGACAUUGAGCGUGCAUCCGAAUGUUUCAAGCUUGCCAUCGAGCUUGACAAGACAUCGCCAUUGAUUCCAUACGAGACCAUUUCGAGGCAUAUCUAA